AUGUAGACUGCUUCUACAAAAAUUUGUUAAAGACUGUGCAAUAAGUCCAUCUGUUACAUUUUCCUUGCUACUAAAUAUUCCAUGGUCAACUGUUAGUGGUAUUAUAACAAAGUGGAAGCAACUGGAAACAACAGCAACUCAGCCAUGAAGUGGUAGGACACAUAAAAUGACAGAGAGGGGUCAGCACAUGCAUGUGCGCAGAAGUCGCCAACUGUCUGCAAAGUCAAUAGCUUCCAAACGUUGUAUAGCCUUUAUAUUAGCACAACAACAGUGCAUAGAGAGCUUCAUGGAAUGGGUUUCUAUGACCAAGCAGCUUCAUCCA